UUCCUCAUCGUCUUCACCAUCGUGGGCAACGUGCUGGUGGUGAUAGCCGUGCUCACCAGCCGGGCGCUGAGAGCCCCCCAGAACCUCUUCCUGGUGUCGCUGGCCAGCGCGGACAUCCUGGUGGCUACCCUGGUCAUGCCUUUCUCCUUAGCCAACGAGCUUAUGAAUUACUGGUACUUCGGCAAGGCUUGGUGUAACAUUUACCUGGCGCUGGACGUGCUCUUCUGCACCUCUUCCAUCGUCCACCUGUGCGCCAUCAGCCUCGACAGGUAUUGGUCGGUCACGCAGGCGGUGGAGUACAACCUCAAACGGACCCCACGACGGAUCAAGGCCAUCAUCCUCACUGUCUGGCUCAUUUCGGCUGUCAUCUCCUUCCCACCGCUGAUCUCCAUGUACCGGGACCCUGAAGGAGAUGGCUUUCCCCAGUGCAAGCUCAAUGACGAGACGUGGUACAUCCUUUCUUCUUGCAUUGGCUCUUUCUUUGCCCCUUGCCUCAUCAUGGUGUUGGUCUAUAUCCGCAUCUACCGCGUGGCCAAGCUAAGGACCAGGACACUCUCUGAGAAACGCACGAUGCCAGAGGGGUCCUCCCAGACUGAGAACGGCUUGAGCCGCGCUGCUGGGGGCUGCACGUCCCUGAGGAUGCAGCUGGGAGAGAAUGGACAUUACUCAGUGCACCACUGGCGCAAAGCCUCUGAGCUGGAGGACAUUGAGCUGGAGGAGAGCAGCACCUCAGAGAGUAGACGGAGGCGGAGCCGGGAGGAGCAUCCCCGCAAAAGCAGCAAGAGCCAGUCCUUCUCCUACUCAUAUUCCUCCAAGCACUCUAGUAGCCGUCUGUCCCGCUCUAGCAAUCGCUCCAUGCAGUUCUUCUCAUAUCGCCGUCGACGGAAGCGUAGCAGCAUCUGCCGUAAGAAAGUCACCCAGGCCCGGGAGAAACGCUUCACUUUUGUGCUGGCCGUGGUCAUGGGGGUCUUUGUAGUUUGCUGGUUCCCUUUUUUCUUCAGCUACAGCCUCUAUGGUAUUUGCCGGGAGGCAUGUGAGGUCCCUGAGACACUCUUCAAGUUCUUCUUCUGGAUUGGGUAUUGCAAUAGCUCCCUCAACCCAGUCAUCUACACCAUCUUCAACCAGGACUUCCGCAGGUCCUUUAAACACAUUCUCUUUAAGAAGAAGAAGAAGAACUUCCGGCAUUGAGCCGGAGGAAUGGAUUUGUCUUGAGCAGGAGUGGAGUUAAAAGAGAAGGCUCUAUGCUGAAAAAGAAAGGAGGGAAAAGAACAUGGGGUUUGGGCUUAGAGAGGGCUUGCCCCUUUGGUGGUGCGGAGUGGUGGUCUGGGGUACGGGGAUAGUGUCGGGGAGGCUGAGGGCAUUCACUGUGGUGGGGAAUGGCGACAUGGUGCUGGAGGAGCGGUGCUGGAGUGUGGAUGGGUAAAUGGGGAGGGGAGUGAUUGUCUUUGAACCCUGACAGAGGGCACGGGGAGCUCACAGAGAAAAAUAGGCUAAGACACUGAGUUUG